AUUUCACCUCACUCCUCUCGGAUUAAAAUCUAGGGUUACUCCUAAUCUGAGCUAAAUCUGUCUAAUCGGCAUAGAAAAUUACACUCACUGGAGUAGAGCUGCAAAUAAUCAGCAGAGGUGAAACCUCCUGCGCACCGUGAGUUCCCCCGGAGGGCAUUUGGACUGCACAUGGUGCCUCGGACAAUCUGUUACGCACAAAGGCAAUUAUCAGUCACUGUAUUUUUUAUUUUUUUGAAGACAAAACCCUUGUCGAAAUUCUCCCUUGUGGUUUUCACAAUGUUUUGUUUUAUCACGGCUGGACACAGAAACUGGCACACAUUGCGCGGUGUGACUCUCCACCAGAAAUAUCAUUGUGCAGAGUUUUGAUUAAGAAUGUGGCUUUUGCGCCCUCCGUUCAUAACAGAGAAGGUGGAGAGAGAGAGAGAGAGAGAGAGAGAGAGAGAGAGAGAGAGAGAGAGAGAGAGAGAGAGUUCGGGAUUUCUCAGUAAUCAUGUUCGCAGAGUAUUGAUUUCGUGAGCGCACUCCAAUUGGCAGCAUCUCCACUACAGCGCCGGCGCGUCAUCCUCGGUUCACAUCGACGGAACGAGUUGUAAGCAAAUGCGAACAUGUGUGGGAUCUGAGAGUGAGAAAAGGCAAGGGGGGGUAGAGGGGAGCAAGAGGAGGUGUGAUAAAAGCCAAUUUUAUCAUCCUGACAAGUGGAUACGAGAUUUGAUUGCUGGACUAUUUUUUUCUUCAUAUAUUUUUUCUCCAGACUGGGAAUUUAUCGAUUCGUCACAUGCGCACGCCUCUUCAUUAUAAUUGCAGACAGUUUUGUGCUGUUCAGGCUGAAUGGACUUGAAUGUGCCGCUGCCAGCUUAAUCCGUGCAGACUGGAAGAUUUAAUAAUUCACGGUAAUCACGCAUUAUCGCCCUGGUGAUUUUCCCUCUCUUUUCCCAUUCUUCCCGUUGUCUUCUGGAGGAUUUAUCGACGAUGCUUUCCAAACGUGCUCCUUAUCUUAAAUAUCAUCUGUUGCUGCAACUGGAUUGAAAAGCGCCCUGUGACUGGCUCUGACACGCGUUUGAGACUGACUGUCUUGGGAGUGAUGUGGACUGUUAAAUGAGAAGCAUUUUAAUCACCAUUUGAUAUUUUACUCCAGGUAAAAUGGACGAAAAAUUACUCUUACUUUUAUUACUUCUCUUAUCUUUACACGCGAUGCUGUGAUUUUUGCUCGUGUUCAUCAUGAUCAUUCUACUCCGCUCAAUUCCCUCUUAUUGAUUCAGACUGUAAGCUUAAUAGCCGUGUUACAAGGCGAAUUUCAACGUGAAGUGAUAUUGAAGACAGUGGGAUACGGGAAUCGUGGAGGUAUUUCCCUCCCCUUGCUCUUCAUUUGAUUUAUUCCGUUUCAACUGAAGGGUAAAUGUUGAUGAUGGAGGACGACGAAUUAGACGCUCAUCAGGUUGAUUCGGAUUUCGAGCCGCAAAGCCGGCCUCGCUCAUGCACCUGGCCGCUACCUUGCCCGGAGGAUUUCCCCGGUGGACACGAGGUCAGCGGGGGUCUUCCACUGGCCAACAUCAAGGUGGAACCGGAGGACGUCCCAGCUUGCAGAGCGGGGCUCGUGGGCGGAACGCCGGGAGAACUGAAGCAUCCAGCCGGCGCCCCGGCACCCACAGGCGCGACGCACCCAUGCCUGGCUGGCGCGGCUCUCGAUGUGACCGGACCGCUGCGCAAAGCCAAAUCCUCGCGGCGGAACGCGUGGGGGAACCAGUCCUACGCGGAUCUCAUUACCCGCGCCAUUGAGAGCACCCCUGAAAAGAGACUCACGCUGUCACAGAUAUACGACUGGAUGGUCCGUUUUGUGCCCUAUUUCAAGGAUAAGGGCGACAGUAAUAGCUCAGCUGGCUGGAAGGUAAGGAAUAGAACAUACAUGCCAGCUUGAUGGGGUUUGACGUGUUAAUCACAGAGUGUCU